GAACCCUGGCAACGCUGUCACAAAGCUAACCGUGUUCCUGCUAAGCCCUCUGAAUGCAUCAGCUUUGUCAACAUGCACGUCAAUGUUUAUCACGGCUGUCUACCAUUUGAUUUUUACUUCAUUCCUUCAUCCAAAGCGUGUUAACACAUUCACAAUGGAAUUUUUUAACGAGCCAAGCUAGCAGACUUUUUCUUCGUCGUAGCCACAAUCAGUCGACCAGCUAACCAGAACGAGCUGUUGUUAGCUUGGUGAAUAUGGCGAUUGUGUCUGGUUCCUGUGCCAGGGUAAAUGGGUCUAGAAACGGGCCGUCUGUGUCAGCAACACCCUCUGGAUCCGUUGGACAAUCUCAGCCUAUGAUAGCGGUGUGGGAAUGGCAGGAUGACCUGGGUUAUUGGCGGCCAUAUAGCGGCCAAGUGAGCGCCUACAUCGAGCGGUGUUUGUCACCGCGGGGCCAGAGAGGAGGAGGACCCGGCUCAACGAGCAUCUGCCUCGGACAGUCAGACCCCAGCCUGUCGCCUUAUCUCAUCGACAUACCAAGCUUGAAACAGUUUCGGCAGGACACAGGAAAGACACGAUCAGUGCGUCGGUCCCUCUUUGCCCAGUCCUCAGGACUCGGUAGUGGUGUUUACUGGGAAUGGCUCAACGAUGAAGGAGGAUGGACUCCAUAUGAGACUCGAACAUCUAUCCUUUUGGAGCACAGCUAUCAGGCCCGUCAAGGCACGGCAGACUUGGGCCCGCAUGGAUACAAUUACAUAGUGGAUCUCACAUCUCUGGCCCAAGUUAACAAAGCAACAGGUUUCAGACGACAGGUACGCCGGCAGUGUAACCUCCCUUACCCACUGGCCUCCAAUGGUCCCCCGGCCAUUCCCUCCGGCCCUGCCUGCUCCUGCCAACAGUGUUUGAGCCACAGCAGCACAGGACCCAUGCCCAGCCGAUCACGACAUUCCUUUUCGUCAGGCAGUCUCAAUCGGCCCAGCCUUCAAGCGACAGGAAGGGCCACAGCGGCUCAUCCCACUUCUGUCUACUCGCCGUACCCUCGGAGACCCCUCUCUGUGGGGGGAAUGUCCUGGGGCAGCCCCUGGCCCCCACCACCCUCUGGUAGUCAACUGUCUGCGCCUCUUCUGACUAGCUCUACCAGUGCCAAUGGGUUAAGUGUUCCUUCCAUCUCUGUGCAACUGAAUGGAUCCACCAGUGUAAGCUCUGCCCUGGCAGGCAUGGCCUCCAUUUUGAUGUCAGCAGUGGGACUCGGCGUGCACUUCACCACUGCCCCCCUCCCUCAGCAACAGCAGCAGCAGCAGCAGCUACAACAGCAGCAGCAGCAACCUGCUCCUUUCUCUCUUCCUCCUCCUCUCCUCCCCCCAGCCAGCAGGCCCAGCAAGCCCCACAGCAGCAGCAGCAGCAGCAGCAGUUCAGUUAGGAGAGCAAAGAGGCAGCACAGGAGAGCCUCAGCGCAGAGACCUGAAGAUGUGAUUCAGCGCUACAUGGAGGUAGUUACUGGAGUACCUGAUGAGGACUGUAUUAUCUGCAUGGAUCAACUGUCCAAUCCAUCCGGCUAUGAGACAUCGUCCACAGAGGAGGGAGGCCAGAGCAUCCUGCCAGAUACUGUGGGGAAAUUCAUCAAAUGUGGACACACCCUGCACAUGCUCUGCAUGCUGGCCAUGUACAACAAUGGAACAAAGGACGGCAGCAUGCAGUGCCCCUCGUGUAAGACAAUCUAUGGAGAGAAGACAGGCACCCAGCCCAAAGGCAAGAUGGAAAUUUACAGCAUCGCCCAGUCGCUGCCAGGCCACCCAGACUGUGGUACAAUCCAGAUCAUCUACAGCAUACCACCUGGCAUACAGGGACCGGAGCAUCCCAACCCAGGACAGCCGUACACCUGUCGAGGCUUCCCUCGCUUCUGUUUUCUCCCAGACAACGACAAGGGCAGGAAGGUGCUGGAGCUGCUGAAGGUGGCUUGGAUGCGACGCCUCAUCUUCACCGUGGGAACGUCCAGCACCACCGGAGAACCCGACACAGUGGUGUGGAACGGCAUCCACCACAAAACCGAGAUGAUGUCCAACUUGUCGGGCCACGGCUACCCCGACCCCAAUUAUUUGGACAAUGUUCUGUCUGAGCUGGCAUCUCAGGGCGUGACAGAGGACUGCUUCAAACCUCCGGGUGCAGGUGGUGGCGGCUGCAGCAGCAGCAACAGCAGCAGCUAGGUCACAGCUCUGAGCUUCACACACUUCCACUCAUUGCUGACCACCGAGUUCAAAUCCAGCUCUGUGGUGAGGUGGACCUUCUACAACCUCUGUCUUUUCUUAAGUUAAUUCAGCAUCUGCCCAAACCUCAUUGAGUGAGCAAAGGGGGGAGAAGUGAGCUGAAUAAAAGGUCUUAAAGCCUCUCUGGAAGAAUGCAAAGUGGGGUGCUUGCUGAGAAUGGUUAAUGCUCCACUACAUUCCUGCUCAUCACAUAUUCCUGGAAACUAGACUCUGAGAGAAAUGGAGCUCCUCAUACUCUGAGCCUCUUUUUAGCAAAGCUCCACAAACUGGAGAUUGUGUUUUUUCUUUGUUUUUCUUUGUCCCCAUCAAGAGCCUCAUCUGUAUCCCCUUGUCCAGUUACCAUGAGAAUGGCAGCUCACAUUGGGGAUAAAAAUCUCUCUCAUUAAGCACUUUAGUUCUGACAGUGCAUUUAGCUGACAAGGUGUGUGAUUUCCUGGUAAAAAGGGCAGCGAACUUGUUUUUAAAUUGGGAAGUUAUGCAAUUAAAGUGUUUCUGCUGAAAACCUUUGUGUUAAGACACACUGAAACUUCUAGUAGCAAAGUGAGUAUAUAUAAGCCUAUUUGAUGAGAAGAGGCAAUACUUAACUGAUGUACAUAAAAUAAAAAAAACAUGAAUGAAAUAAAAGAUAUUGUAAAAAAAAAUUAAAAAAAAUAAACAGGUUGUGUCCACAAAUUCCAGUUGAGGAGAAUAAUGUGUAUUUCUUAACAUUUAACACUACCACUUGACCAUCUGUUCUAUUUUACUCCCUAACAUCAUUUGAUAAGCAGAUGUCUAAUGCACUCACAUGGUGAUUUUUCAUGUUUUGAAUUUGCAGUUACUGUGCCCCCGGGCAUUCUGCUUGUUUUUGUCACUUAGUAUGGUAUGGUUUGCGUGAAGGGACAAGGUUACAUCGUAUAUAGCUUGAUGACCUCAAUCCUUUUGUCCGAACAGAUGGGAAGGAACGCUGAGAUAAAAAAUGCUCUGCUUAAGAAAAUUUUACAGUGUGACAAUCAAGGUCAUCAAACUUGUCUUGAUUAAACAAGACACAUGAAGCUGCGGCGAGCAUGUUAAUGUUCCCGCCGGCUGCAGACUCACCUCCUCUCUUCACAUGUAUUAUUCUGCUCACAGUACUGCAGUACAGUCCCUGAACUGAGUCUUGA